AUUGGUUGGACUUGACCACAGAUCACUAUUAUGUAGCAAGCUAGACUUGACAAGUUGACAUUACAAAAACAAGAGUUUCGUUAUUUUCGAAAUGUGUGAUAAAAAUGAUGGUUCGAAUAAUUGUGAAUCAACUCCUCCAACAUACAAAAAAGUUCGUAAUCCUUUUGAUAGAGCUUUGAUAGAAAGGCUAAACAAACCAAUAUGCAGUCCGGGAAUGUGUAAAAUUUAUAAAAAGAAGCACAGUGGGUCUUUUCGUUGGGAUAUUGACCAAGCUUGCACUUUGAUACCAGCGGAUAUUGUGGCAUGCAGUAGUCAAUUUGAGCCAUCACCAGACCCUGCCCUCGAGAAAGUUGCGGAAGAAGUCACUGAAAGGUUUUUUUCUGAGGAAAUUGUGGUUGCCAGUCCACUUGAAUCUUCUAAGAAAAUGAAGCCAUUACUUCAAACUUCAGGUGAUACUAGUAUUAAGUCAGCUAGUUGCAGUAAAGAUGUUGUUCGUAGAGAUGUUUCAGCGCAAACUGUCCUCACUUUACCUCCUGAGCUACCUCCAGAGAUAGAAAAGCUACUACAACCUUUUUGCACAUAUGAAGAGGAUCAAAAUAUAUCAGGUGACUAUGAAAUGACUGCCAAUGGGUCUUUAAGGCGAAAAUUAUUCUUUGAAGAACAUAGUGAUAUAGACCAUUAUGAUUCAGAGCCGACUGAUGAUGAAUUACACAUAGAUACAGAGGUCCGUCCUGCUUAUGACUCUGAACAAACUGAUGAUGAACUUCAUGCAGACAGUGAUCCCCGUCCGCCUUCUCGUUAUGAAGCUCAUACACCUGUAGUAUUUAGUCCAGAUUUGAGUCGAGAUUUAGUAGCUAAAGGUAUGAAACGCACCUUUGGUACACCAUUAAGAAAAGGACCAGCCAAUGGAAAAUCGUGUUGCACUAGAAUGCUAGAUGUUGUGGAAUUUGGGGAACCCUGUUUUAGUCCAAUAUGAUAGUAAUAUUAAUUAUAAAAAAAAUGCAUUUAUAAAGAUUAAGGAGACUGGUUAGCUGGUGUUACCUUCUGAUAUUAUCUAGAUAGGUAGCCAUUGAUAAGUGCCACUAUUGAUAGUAUAUGCAGGACAUAAAAAGAUCUCAAAGAUAUUUCUUCUGGACACAAUACUUAAGCUAAGGCCACUCUACAAAUGCCAAACUUAUUGACCCGAUCAUGGUCCAAGGUCUGUAUGAAUAUAAUAUAAAGGAUGUAUGCAAAUGGGGCAAUCUUUGUGGUUUAAAAUUUUGCCUAUGUAUAAUGUUUAAUAUACAUAAGCAAAAUUAAGACAAUGUAAAAAUGACGGAUUCGCUUCCGAGGGUUCCAUUGAUUUUUGUAGGAACGCAACAUAAACGGUUGUACGUUUUUUACCCGUUAAUUAAGAAGUUUAAUUAAGUAUUUUUCACAGCUUAAACUUACUGUAGACCUGAGUUUAUGGUUUAAAAUUCAACUAGACAUCUCUUUACGCGUUUCUGAGAUAAAGGGGUCUUGACACGGCAACAAGGUGACCCUUUA